CCUCCUUCCUCAGUUUUGACUCGACUGAGCAGAGCUUCUUCUUCUCCUCUCGUUAACACUCAGCGAAGACUUUUGGAAGGAUUUAAUUCAACAAAAAUCCACAGAAGAAGACGGAAAAAAAACCCAAACAAGAGCCUCGAAAUAACCAAAUUCAAGAGCUGCGGUCAAAUUCAGGUCCAGUCCAACGUUGAGAACUUCUAGAGCCUCUUGGACUUGCAGCAGCGGAGGUUUUUUUAGAGGCGGUUCUGAGAUCUGAGGUGGUUUUGGAACGGGAUCCUGAACGUAAGAGCGGGUCUAGAAGGCGCGGAAAAGUUCGCCUACGAGUUCUGGAAAUACUGCAGGUCCGACAAGUUGGUCUCUAGAUUUGCGUUGUGUUUUCGUAGUUGUUCUCAAGAGUCCAGAUGUUCUUUGGAGUCAGACAAGUGGAUUCAGAAAAGGGCUUUGGACCCAAAGCGGGCUCCAGAGUUCCCUCCAUGUUCACCGCGCUGCUGGCCGUCUGGUGUUUGGCAUUUGUCGACCCGGUUGGUUGCCGCAGCGGCAACUUCUCAGAUCUGAUGCCAUCGGAGCCGCCUGACUUCCACGGCGCGGGCACGCCUCUGGUGGAUCGCGUCCAGACCUCGGACCACGGAGAGCCACAUCGGGCGCAAGAGACCGCCGCGAUCAAGCGGCCCCCGUCCGCCCUGGAGAAAGGACGAUCAAAAGAAGUCAGCAAGCCGAAGCACAAACCCGACAGGAAGCCUGACUCGUCUUCCUCCAACUCCUCAGUGGCGGUGGUCCGUGUGCGCCCGGUGUCGCCGCCGCGCUGCCUGCACGCCACGUCGAUAAAAAACGCCUUCAAGUACAUCAACACGGUGCUGUCCUGCGUUAUCUUCGCCGUGGGGAUCGUUGGAAACGCCACGCUGCUGAGGAUUAUCUGCCAAAACAAAAGCAUGAGGAACGGACCCAACGCGCUGAUAGCCAGCCUGGCCCUGGGAGACCUGAUCUACAUCGCCAUUGACCUGCCGAUCAACGUCUACAAGCUCCUGGCAGGGCAGUGGCCGUUUGCCGACAGUGUGUUCGGACUAUUCCUCUGUAAGCUGUUUCCCUUCCUGCAGAAAGCUUCAGUCGGCAUCACCGUCCUCAACCUGUGUGCUCUGAGUGUGGACAGGUAUCGUGCGGUGGCGUCCUGGUCCCGGGUGCAGGUAACAGGCGUUCCCACGGUAACGGCGGUGGAGAUCGUGGCGAUCUGGCUGCUGUCCCUGGCGCUGGCUGUGCCCGAGGCCAUCGGCUUCAACAUGGUCACCUUCGACUACAGGAACGUUACCAUGACGACCUGCAUGCUGCAGCCCAAGACGCCCUUCAUGACGUUCUACCGGGAUGCGAAGGACUGGUUGCUGUUUGGCUUCUACUUCUGCGUUCCUCUGGUGUGUUCGGCCGUUUUCUACGGCCUGAUGACCUGCGAGAUGCUCCGACACCAGAAAGGAAGUCUGAGGAUCGCACUGAGUGAACACCUUAAACAGCGUAGGGAAGUAGCUAAAGCCGUGUUCUGCCUGGUGCUGAUCUUUGCUCUGUGCUGGUUCCCACUCCAUCUGAGUCGCCUGCUGAAGUGGACCGCCUACAAAUCCCAUGAUGCAAACCGCUGCCAACUGUUAAAUUUCCUGUUGGUGCUCGACUACUUCAGCAUCAACAUGGCAACCAUCAACUCCUGCAUCAACCCCAUAAUCCUCUACUUUGUCUCCAAGAAGUUCAAGAACUGCUUCAAGUCCUGUCUGUGUUGUUGGUGUUAUUCUGGCUCUCUCUCCAACAGUACGCUGCCUCUCCACCACGGGACGAGCCUGCAGUACAAACACACUGACCCCUGACAGAGAGAGAGAGAGAGAGAGAGAGAGAGAAAGAGAGAGAGAGAGAUUCUGUAACCUCAUCUCCAACUCAGCAACUGAACCCAUCAUCACCCACACUGAGAAGAGACUUCGUUGCUUUACAGAUUAACCACUAUAUCAAACCUCUAAUGCAGUGGUUUUCAACCUUUUUUGAGCCACGGCACAUUUUUUACAUUAAAAAAAAAUCCCGCGGCGCACCACCAACCAAAAAUGUUACAAAAUGACACAUCAUAGUCUAAUAAAAUCAGAAUCUGCAUUUUUUCUUUUUGUUUAAAUGUAUCCAUCGCUUUUGCAGGCUUACAUCGAUGAUCUCAGCCCUACUGAUUACAUCCUGUCACUGCGGGAUGCGCGCAGGUGGCAGUAAUUCUGUUGUCUUAAAUCAACAAGGUUGUUAUUGCGCUAUACUGCCACCUACUGAUACAGAAUAGUAUUUAAUUUCUCUGCCAGUCAUCAUAUUGCAGGCACAGAUGUGCAACAAUCUCAAACACUAUUGUGCCGCGGCACAGUGGUUGAAAAUCACUGCUCUAAUGUUUAAUGUUUUACCUUUUCGUGGUGUAUUUAUUCAGGGCUAAAUAUUAUGUUUUAUUACAGACUAUAACUAAUAAUUGUAGGGUGAUUUAUUGCCCAUAUUAUAGGGCCAGAAGUAUGUGGACUACGACAUCAACAUACCUACUUGUGCUUCUGAUCUGGGGCUGUGUAUGACUGUAUGGGCCAGUGGUAUGAAUAGUUACUCAUAUUUACAGUCUGUGGUUACAACGCUGCACCUGGCAAAACAACAACCUUGUAACUGAAAAACACUUAGGCUAUGUUCACGCUUGGCGUCUUUUUUGACAAGAAAAAGUUGACUAGGGCACUUUUGUAGUGAAAAAAAAGAAAAGCUGGCAGCGUUUUGGUUCCAAAAAGCAGCCGAGAGCGUCUUUUGUUGCU